AUGUACUCAAUAAAAAAAGAAAAUGUGGACCAUCUGCAAACUCAUAAUAUUAGAAUCUCUGAGCUUAAUUCAUCGCCUGAAAAGAAUAUGUCACAACCUCGCAAAGUGAUACAUCUACAGAAAGUCAGAAUGUUGAGCCGAGGGGGGAGAUCUUCUUCAAUCAGGAUCACCAAUGUGAAGUCCAUCAAACCUCCAGAUCCUGAACUGGUGAAGAAACAAGAGGAAGAAAGAUUGAGGCUACAGUUACAAAAAGAAAUAGUCUCUCGUGCACGAACCUGUGCCCAUAGAGCCUAUGAGUGCACCCUCCCCGUUGUAGGUGGUAGAACCUACUGUGCAAGGCAUAUACUAGAUGAUGCCACUGCACCAUAUAAGCAAUGCGCUUAUGUAGCAUCAUCUACGGGGGUCAGAUGUUCUUUCCCAGCUCCUGCGGAGAGGGAACAGGGGUUAUGUUUCGAACACGCCCGCGCGGCUUUACACGCGCGUCAACGAGCUGCCGCACCCCCUCCCCCUGUGACAACUACAGAGACGUUGUUAAACCAGCUACAGCAUUAUAUACGCCCCGAACGCACGCGCACCACGUCCUGCGCGUCCUCGGUAUCGGUGGUUAGCGAUCCCUCCGACCAGGAGCAGAUCUCGCCGCACGCUGUUGAUCCUUUCAAGGAAAUAGACGCGACAGCAGUGAACGCAGCAAUGUCCGCGACAAUAAUGGAGUACGCCAGCGCCAGCGACAGCGAGUGCGACAGUAUCACCAUCUGCCAGGAGGAUGGCAGCUCUGACACGGAGGACGCGCCGUGCGAGUCGCAGCCGCUGUGGAAAGCGGGCGUGUACACAGCGGAAGAGGCGGUGUCUUCCGCGCGCGGCGCCCUGCGCGCACUGCAGGCGGCGUACGCGCGGCAGAUGGCGCGGCUGCGCGUGCUGUUGGCGGUGGCGCGCGCACGCUACGUGCGCGAACUGCGCGCCGAGCGGGACCUGUACUGUUCGAUCGACUCUCAAGCGCGCAGCGGUCCCCUCACAGUGAAGGAGAGACGACAGCUGCGUAAAUUGAAGGCGUUCGCCGGAUACCAUAGAAAGCAUGGUGUAGACGCGGUGUUGGCGAGAAAGUUGCACCAUAAACGGGCCAGGAUGCACGAUGGCGGCACCCGUCCCUAUUCGCAGGGGCGCUGCACGUUCGCGGAGGGCGGUGUGCGUUGCGUCGCGCCCGCGUUGCCCGCUGCACGCCAUUGCGCACGCCACGUGCUCUGCGACGUGCACCAGGUGUUGUUCAAGGCGUGCGGCGACCUUCGAGGCAGCGUAGAGUGUAGGGAGGCGAUCGCAAAGCUGCCCUUGCCUUCGAAUUCGUGCAGAUAUCACACCGGUCCGCCUGUGUAUACCACCUUUAGUUUGAAGAAAGAAGAAUCACUCUCCGAAUGUUCAAGUCAGUGCAGUUCUGAGCUUUCACACGAGGACCUUCAACUUCCC